UUGUAAAAAAAGGACCUUAAAGCUAAAGAGUAGUACUUUGCUAUGCCGUUGUGGAAAAUUAAAAAAAAACUUUACCUUGCUCAAAAAAAAAUAAAAAAAAUGGCCAAAAUCUGCAUUUUUUGACUAUUUAACCUCAAAUUGCCAAAAAUCCUGACGUGCUGGAGCAUUUUCAAGGUCAUAUUCGUUUUCAACAUAAAAAACCCUUCAGGAAACACCCAUAGCGGUUUUAGAAGCUGUGAAAAAGCGAGAUUUUGCAGGCCUGUGUAAUUUUUAGUUCCCCUUGGGCUACGAAUUCACAACCAAUGCAAUGUAGCCGUAGCCUUAGUCUGCACAGUUGGUAGCUGUAAAACUUCCGCACUGAUAACUUAAAAAACAACUCAACAGCAAUUACAAAUAUAUUCGGUAGAAGUCAAUAUUUAUAAACAUAUAAAAGUAUCUUAUUACAAUGAAUGCAUUGCAAAAACGGCGACCACCGCAGUUACACUUAAAAACAUUGUCAGACGGGCAAUUGCACUCACGUCAUUUUCGCCAUUCGCUCGUAUCAAUUUCGUUUACCAUAAUUUAGAUCUACUCAAGAGCCACUUCACCUACGCCACUUCUCAAUUCCAUGCAAGUUCUGCAACUAAAAGAUACGAAUCGAAAUUGCGGGGAUUUUUUCGCAGGUUUCGGCUUAGAUAUGCCUGACACAACCACACUUCUGAUUCCGCGCUCCGAGUGGGGUGCGCGUCCACCAAAGCUCGUCGAAAACUUUCCCCGUCCAGCGCCAUAUGUCAUCAUACAUCAUUCGUACAUGCCAAGCGCCUGCUACACGCCCGCCGAUUGCCGCGAGGCGAUGCGCUCCAUGCAGGACUACCAUCAACUGCAACGCGGCUGGAAUGACAUUGGCUAUAGUUUUGCGAUCGGCGGCGAUGGAAUGAUUUAUGCGGGACGUGGUUUCAAUGUGGUUGGAGCGCAUGCGCCCAAGUACAAUGACAAAAGUGUUGGCAUCUGCAUGAUUGGUGAUUGGCGCACUGAAUUGCCACCACCACAAAUGCUCAAGGCGGUCAAAUCACUGAUCGAAUUCGGCGUGGCGAAUAAUUAUAUUGACCCACAAUACAAAUUGCUGGGGCAUAGGCAAGUGCGCGACACGGAAUGUCCUGGCACAAGACUGUUCGAUGAGAUUUCAUCGUGGCCGCAUUUCGUGCUCAAUCCCAAUGGAACGGAGAAUGAGAUUAGAAAGUGAGGAGAUGCUAUGGAGUGAAAACAAACGAAAACAAAACAGAGGUCGUGUGCAACACUGAGCAUCCUGUGAAGGGGAUGCCCUCUUCGUCAAAGUUCGCUAUUAAUUUUAAAUUCUAUUUUAUUUUUAAGUAGAAACUCUAACUCUAUUUCAAUGCAUAGCAAAUUUCACAGCGACUACUUAGUAAGUGAUGGCAACUUUAAAGUAAUAGUCAAUUAUAACUAGCGCCCAAAAAUAUGCUAAAUACUAGUCAAAAAAUGUACAUCAAGGAAAUUAUUCUGUAAUCAACUUUUGCUGAAGCCAAUUUUUGCGCGCCAGUCUCUGCUAAUUAUUCUAGUAUUUGGUAGUAAUUUUAUGUGCUUAGUAAAUUUAUCUACCCAGGAGUAGAAAUCUAUGUAAUUUAGAAUUGUAUGUAGGUGUGAUUCGCUCUGGCAACCCUCAGUGCAUGGCAAGUGUAUCAAACUUGAGCCGUUGUGUUUGUUAAGAGCCUGUAAAGUAUGCUAAGUAAAUGAGAAAAACAUGGCAAAUAAAAUUAAUAUCAAGAAAUUUUUUUCUGCCAUUUUUUAAUCAACGAAUAAUGCGGUAAGACGAGGCUGCGCUUUAAGUUUUGAGGUAUGGCAACACCACAUUCUCAUCGUCAAGUUUGAAAUUUUAUCGUACUAUUGGUAAUCGUACUUAGAUUUUUUCGUCAUACGAACGUCAUUUGUGUUUUUUACGGGUACUUGUAACAUUCAUGGAGCUCAAAAAAUGGAAUUAAAUCUUGAAGAUUUUCGUGCGAAGACUAUUUCGUGAUUUUCGAUCUGCGUUAAACCAUCAACAGUGUGUACCAAUAAACUUCCACCAACUCGAGCUACCGUAUUUCGCUGGUAUUUCGAAAUCAAUCGUGAUCCUACUUUACUGUAAGAGGAAAAAAAAUAUGAACAUAUAAAUACUUUGAAGGGAAGAAAAGACGUUAAACUUCAGCGAAAAAAAUUGUCAAAAAUCAACGGUAUUUUGUAGUCACUUGAAACUUAAAAUUCAAUGGGUAAGAAAAAUGGAUACUCAGAA